AUGAGUGAACCUGGUAACAAUAUGUUGUAUCCGAAAGAAGACAAGGAAAACAGGCAAUUAUUGUACGCAUGUCGAAACUGUGAUCAUAAGCAACUCUCGGAGAACCCGUGUAUUUACGUUAACAAGUUGAUGCAUGAAGUGGAUGAAUUGACGCAAAUUGUUGCUGAUGUCGUUCAUGAUCCGACAUUACCAAAAACAGAAGAUCAUCCUUGUCCAAUGUGUCAAGGACGAGAAGCUGUAUUUUUUCAAGCACAAUCUAGAAGAGCUGAGGAAGAGAUGAGGUUGUACUAUGUUUGUAUGAAUCAAAGCUGCGCACAUAGUGGCUAUGAUAGUGUUGGUGGUAACGAUACAAAAGCAACAAUAUCUUCAGCAUUGAUUUCGAAUGUUUGGGAAAUUUUUGAAAGGCAAGGCAUACGUGAAAACCUGCUAGAAAUGUUAAUAGAAUGUGAAAAUGGAACAAUUGUUGUGACACGUGUAGCAAAUAUGCUAUUGGCGAUAAAAUGUGAAAAUGAAGUACCACUAGGCCUUCUUCGAGCAAAGCUACGUGCACUUGCCGAUUACCUUUAUACUCCUUUAACUACUGUUUCUUCUAAGGAUGGCUAG